AUGCGUGAACUACGGAUCACUGAACGAGUGGCCGAAAUGAUUUGUUCACCACGACAUGGCUGGUCACGAUCAUGUCGGGUCAUGCUGCUACAGUGCUUGGCCAAUAUGGCGGUCUGCCCGGAAAACCACGAAAUCGUGCGCUGUGCGAUACCUCACGCAGUCCAACGUCUCUCGCUCAACGAUGAAAUGGAAGUGGUUGUCGCACUUCAAGCGCUAACAAAUCUUUCGCUAAACAUCACCACUGAACAGAUUCCUCAAUUCGUGCCGGCCAUUCCGCAUUGUCUUUCACGGCUAUGGAUUCGAGGAGAGCCGAACAUCAACGCUCUUCGAUUGCUCGUCAAUCUUAGUUGCUGCCCGGAUAUGGUCCCAUAUUUGCUUGGCGCGAAGUCAGUAAGUGGUCUGCUGCGAUUGCUGGACACCGAUCGGGAAGAGGUGUUGCUUCGGGCGAUCACAUGGCUGUUGUGUACGUCGUCAGCGGUGGACGCUCUUCAUCUCACAUACGAUAAAAUCGCUUGUCAUAAUCAGGACCCUUUCCGUAAUCCAGCUCACACACUUUAUCACUCCAUUUACGGUCCGAAAGGUCGGGAAGAGUUGGAAGAACGAGCUCGUGAACUGACGCAUCACCCUAAUGCCGAUGUUUGCAACAAAGCCUCGAGAUUACUGGAGAUUCUGAAAUGCAUUCCACCGUUCGCAACACUCGGCUCACAAUUGAACCGGUUAUGA